UCGGCAUCCACGCGUCCUUGACCGCAACUGCCCCUCCCUCUUCCCACUCCCGCCGGCGUCCUAGUCCUGCUCGCCACCUUGGACGCCGCCAUGCUCUGAGGAGGAGUGGAGACCCGAUCCAUCCGCCCGGGUUCAGAGUUGAUCCCUUCUCUUCUCUUGGUCACAUGCGGUUGCUUGGACAGGCUGCUCGUCUCGUCCGUUCCGGCCUCGACGCCCUUCGCCGAGAACGGUUGCGCUGAGCACUCGCCGAUCACUCGCGCCGAUCUCUGCGUGCCGAGCAAUGCCAGGGUGGAGGAAGGCGUGGCUGUCGGUGCUGGACCGAGCCGGCGGCGGCGGCGGCGGCAGCAGCAGCGGCUCCCUGCAGGCGCACCUGCAGGGCCACCACUCCCCGUCCUCCUCGUCGUCCUCCCUCGCCAGCUACAAGCGGGGCGGUAAGUACGGCGGCGGCCUCGUGAGCGGCAAGGCGGUGGUGGGCUGCUUCUCCGCGGCGCUCGCUCUCGCCUUCUUCUACGUCUACGUCUCCGUCGCCGGCGGGCCGGCCGCCGACGGCUCCUUCCCCGCCCCGGUCGCAUCGUCGUCCGGGACCCUCCUGUCGUGGCUGUCGUCGAACUCGUCCACGGCGGCGCCGAGGAAAUCGCUCCUCCCCCGCCCUCCCGUUCCUCCUGCGGUGGCCGCGGGCGGCGCUGCUGAGCAGAGCGACGCGCGGAACGCGACAGGGGCGUCGCGCCCCGUGCACCAGGGCAGCGCGGUGGGGGACUCGCCGGCUUCGGAAGUCGGCGAGGGGCAAGCGACACCGGUGACCGGGCAGACGGCGACGGACAACGCGCAGGGUCCUCCCCUCGGCGAGGACGCCGGGAACGCCACCCUCGGUUCCGGUUCCGAACCCGCCGGUAACGGCACCAGGGAAGAAGAGCCCCAAGCGGAAGCCACGACGCCGGUCCUGCCAUGGCGAAGGAAAGAUGGAGCAUGGCCUUCCACCAACGCCGUCGUCGGCGCCCCCGGAGCAGAGAGGAGGUAA